AUGGAGUUUCGGCAUGGCAGGUCAAUGCUUGUGCGGAACAUUUGGCGGCUUGCUGUCUUGAGGAUAUGUUCCGUUGCGGGGACUGAGGAGGCACAGAGCUGCGAGACAGAGACCAGGUGUCCUGGUCGCAUCAUUGUUGUUGGGGCUGGCUUGGCUGGUUUGGUGGCAGCACAAAGCUUGCGGCACGCCAACUGUGAUGUGGUGGUCUUGGAAGCGAAUGAUCACGUGGGUGGUCGGGCCGCUGGCAUCCUUCAUGGUCCAUUCGAAGGAUUAGAACAAGGUGCUCAGUGGAUUCACGGCGGUGAGCGCAACGUUGUGAUGAUGGCCCUGCUCCAUCUCUACAACAUGCCCACUUUACGCGUUGGGGGUAACACGGAUUUUGAAGGCGAUGAUGAGAAGCAUCAUUUCUUUGCAGAUCGUUUCAACGAUUCUCUGAAGGCUCAGGCUUUCCGCCAGUACGAGGAAGCCAAAGUUCUUUUCGAAAGAGCGGCGCAAAUCCGAAAGUCCGAUGUCUCGGUGCGAGAUGCUUGGGCAACUGUUUUGUCGAAGCUGCCGCAGCGGGACGCAGAGCUUUUGGAAUGGCAAUUGCGCGUCCGAUCCGAACAAAAUUGGGCGACCCAAAUGGAUGAUGUGGGGCUUCGUUUGGCUGAGCUGGCAACCUACAGCGACUUUGAUAGUUCGGCACCUCAUCAUGGCGGGGAUUUCCGCUUCACGUCCAGUGGCGAGUUGCUGGCUAAGCUCUCCGAAGGUUUGGAUCUUCGGCUCAACACAAAGGUGAAAUCCAUCCACUUCGAGAAGGACGACCGCUUGAUGGUGCAAACUGAUCAGACCAUUUACCAAGGUGCGGCAGUAAUUGUGACCGCCUCCUUGGCAGUGCUCCAGAGGCAUCAAAUUCACUUCCAUCCCCCAAUGCCAUCCUCUUUUCUAGCAGCCUUGGGGCGUUUUCAGAUGGGUCAGCUGGGAAAGCUUUUCGUGAAGUUCACACCUGGUCAAUGCCCGAUAGGGGAGACGACCUACCUUCUCUCAAGAUUGGUCUCAAGAACCUCACGGAGGCUGCUUUACUACUGCAUUCGUGAAGAUGUGCCAAGCACGGUGGCUUUGGUUUGCCUGGUCGGGGGUCCUUCCUACGAGGCGGCGCGGCAGUGUACGGUGCAUGAGGUGGUCCAAGAGCUGAAGGAGAUGUAUCCGCACAUGGCACCUGGAGCAGUGGAGGAUGUGCAUUUUGUGUCUUUUGAGGAGGACCCGCAUGUUCUUGGAUCAUGGACGUCUGGAAAGGUGGGAUCUUCAAGCAGCGAUUUCGACAUCUUCCAACAGAAGAAUUCACGAGGCCUUUACUUUGCUGGGGAGCACACCUGCCGCCUGAUGUACGGCAGUUUGCAGGCUGCGGCGGUCUCGGGUGCACGUGCGGCUCUUCAGGUCAUUUCGGCCACCGACCUUUCCAGCGCGUGGCCAUUCUUCCAGAAGAACCUGCUACCUGACCUAGCAAAGCCUAGCAUAAUGAUGCAAGCAAUGCAAGCUGCAAGGACAAAAACACGGUGA